GUUCGUGCUAAACUUGACAAAUUGCCUGAUCCCAUAACCGGAAACCCACAGUUCGAACUUAACUGCAUAGUCAGAAAUUGUGCAUCUGCGAUAGAAAAAGAGGUAAAUGGUGACAAGUUAAAUCUGUGGCUAGAACAUUGCAAAAUUCGACGUCUUGAUAGAAUUUCUGGAUCCGGAAAAUCGGAAUUCAACCUUGAUUUGGGUAAAACCGAGCCGCUUAAAGAAAUUACUGAGGCAGAUAUUCAGUGUAAAAUUAAUGAUACUAGAGGAAGACAAUUGCCAGGAUUUAUAUCUUAUUCUGUCGUGUCAGAGUCGAUAAAAGAUUUUCAAGAGAAAUGGAAAAACUCUGCGUUUCAUUGUUUGUCGAAUACUCAUGGCAUUAUGAGUAAAGCCGUUGAAGAGUCGAUUGAAGCGAGAUUUGAUCGAUGUCCGUUGCUCGUAGGACUUAUGAAACACAAUGCCAUAAAGUGGCUGGAAGAAUGCAAGAAAGAAACACUCGGACGACUUAAAUUCAACAUGUUGAUGGAAUCUUUUGACCCAUUUACUAUGGACGAAGGAUCGAUGUUUGAAGGAAAAAACGCCUAUCUUGCAGCUCUCCAAGAAGCAAUUCGGAAAGACAACCAUCUGAUAAUCUCAAAUUUAUCGCUACGGUGA